ACCACCCUGACCCUGCCUCGUCCGACCUGCGCUGUAAGCAGAUGACCGUCUCGGGGAAGCACCUGACCGUGCUGAAGGUGCUCAACGAGUCCUCCCAGGAGGAGGUGAGCGUGAGAGACGUCCGGAUAAUGCCCAACCUCAACUCCUCCUACCUGCCCAUGAUGCCCGACGGCUCGGUCAUGCUGGUGGACAACGUGUGCCACCAGUCAGAAGAGGUAGGCAUGGCCUCCUUCUGCAAGAUGGAGAGCGCCACCUCCAGUUCACCCAGCAUGCUCAGCACUCUGGAGGAACACGACUUCCUGUUUCAGCUGCACCUCAACGACUGUCCACAGGAUGACUCCAAAGAGGGGCUUGAGGUUCCCCUGGUCGCUGUGCUGCAGUGGUCCACGGCCAAGAUGCCUUUCACCAACUGUAUCUACACCCACUACAGGUUACCCAGCCUCCGCCUGGACCGCCCUCGCUUCGUGAUGACGGCCAGCUGCCCGAGCUCCGUCAGGGUGAAGGAGCACUUCAGGGUCAAGUACGUCCUGCUCAACAACCUGCAGGACUUCCUCGCCGUGAGACUGGUCUGGACACCGGACGGCCGGGGUCACUGUGAUGCGGACCUGAGCGCCGUGGUGUGCCACACCCCCCUGAGUAACCUGGGCCACUGCCGCCGGGGCAGCACCCUGUCCUUCACCGUGGCCUUCCAGAUCCUCAAGCCCGGCCUGUACGAGCUGAGUCAGCACAUGAAGCUGAAGCUGCAGUUCACCGCCUCAGUGACCAACCCGCCCCCUGAUGCCCGCCCACUCUCACAGAAGAACAGCCCCUCCAGCCCGGCGGUGAGGGACCUGCUGGACCGCCACCAGGCCAGCCUGGGCCGCUCGCAGUCCUUCUCCCACCAGCAGCCGUCCCGCUCACACAUCAUGAGGACGGGCAGUGCCAUGGAGCGGCGCGCUAUAACCCCUCCUGUGGGCUCCCCCGUGGGGAGACCGCUGUACCUGCCCCCCCCAGACAAGGCGCUGCUCUCCCUGGACAAGAUCGCCAAGAGAGAGUGCAAGGUCCUGGUGCUGGAGCCCAUCUGCUGAGAGACGGACGGGGGGAGGAGGAGAGCGCUGGAGCGAGAGAGAGAGAGACGGGGAAACAGGAGUUAAACAGGAAGUAGAUUGAGGGACCGAAGGCAAAAUAGCAGAAUACAUAUCAUCAAGUACAAAGUGUACACAAGUAACUGCUAGGUGGGGAAAAUAGACAAAAGGUCAUAUUGAGUUGGUUUAACACAAGAGAACAGGAGAUGACAUCUAGGGAUUCAGCAAAGCGUUGUUAAACAGAACAGUCCUUAACUAAAGACUGUCCAACGGGACAGUCCUUAACUAGAUAAUGUUCAAGAGCACAGUCCUUAACUAUGGACUGUCCAACAGGACAGUCCUUCACUAAAGACAAAGGCUGUGUCUCAAUGGUGAGGAGGCUUCCUAUAACCUCAGGACCUAUAAAGGGAAAGUCCUUGUUAGGGAGCUACUUUGUGAAAGUACUUGAAUGAGGCUGCAGAUUAGCAGCACCUGACAACCCAAAAAUUCACUUUGGCCGUUUGUGUCUAUUUACUGAAGGUCCAAGUCCCUAUGCUAGCUGUUCAUAUACAGUUCUCUUGAAAUAAUGAAGCAACAAUAACCUAACAUGUUCGAUAGACAAAUAUGUAAUCAUGCCUUGACGUGAUAAUUGUGAUAAUUUAAAAGACAAAUUCCUUGUGCCGCAUGGUCUCAGGGGAUAUCCUCCACCGACCGAGUAGCCUUCCCACGCUUCCUUGAAGCUUGCCCUAACCUGGCACCUAGGUAGGAUGUUUCCUCUGCUUCUUACUGUAUUGGAAUCUACAUCGCAACUCAGCAACUCAGACACAGAGAAAGUGUGGGCUACCCUUUCCAAGCUGCUGCUCACCAGCAGGAAGGAGAACCAUCAAGUGAGCUCAGGAGAUUGACCUGUUCCUAACGCUGGUCCCCCCUGAACCCAGACAUCCCUAGGACAUGAGGAGGCUCUGAGAACACAUUUUGUAGAAGGUGUCUUGAUCGGCCCCAACCCAGAAGACAUCCACUAAUUAGUAGAACACUGUGAUCCACUAAUUAGUAGAACGCUGUGAUCCACUAAUUAGUAGAACACUGUGAUCCACUAAUUAGUAGAAUGCUGUGAUCCACUAAUUAGUAGAACACUGUGAUCCACUAAUUAGUAGAACACUGUCAUCCACUAAUUAGUAAAACACUAUUAUCCACUAAUCAUGAAACACUAUGGAUAGAUUGAAACAGCCAAAUCAAUGUUGAACAUUCAGCAACAAGAGGCAUGAGAUAAGAUUUUUUUUAUUAAUUAAUUGAAUCAUGUAUUUACUUGUAUUAUUAUUUAUAUAUUUAUUUAUAUUAUACUUUAUUUAUUAAUAAACAAUCAUUAUAGAGAACUGCUUAACUUUAUUUUGUGAGAUUUUGUAGGAUUUCUGAAGGUGAGCUGAGGGUUUAAAUGGCCGCCUUUUACAACCUUUGAUGUCUUUCAGAAAGUAUUGAGGGUAACAUACAUGUUGAACGACGUGCUUGUGUUACCAGAUGUAUUAUUAAGCUGGAGUUGACUCUCCGAAGCUCUCGUGUACUGUCCAUGAGAGCUGCCACCACCUUACUGGCAACAUAACAUAAUUGACAUGUUAUGCCAAUAGGAGGUUAAAGUAUUGUACUUUGUGCAGCAUUCAAUAGUGUUGUUAUAUCAUUUUUAGACAAAUGUCUGAUCAUAUAAAAACAAGUGAAUGAAAGCAGAACAAAUGCUGAAUGGAGAACUGUCUGUUCCUCUUGUCAACUGACGAUUCAGUUGUAAAUAUACACAUUUCAUUCAA